AUGCAGGGCUUCCUUCUGCUCGGCGCCGCAGCCAUUGGCCUGGCCAAUGCUGCCGCCGUCGAAUUCCCCAAGAGGAACUACGACAACGUUCCCGGCAACCCAUACAACAACAUCCCCCAGGGCUACACCACCUCGACCGUCUACACCACCGAGGUUCACACUAUUACCUCUUGCGCUCCUGAGGUUCCUGAUUGCCCUGGAACCCCCCACGUGACCACUAAGACUAUUGCUGUCUCGACUACCAUCUGCCCCAUCACCGAGGUCGAGACUCCUCCUGGUUCCGUCUCCGAGGCUUCUACCCCAUACGUUCCUCCUCAGCCUACCUCAUCGUCUAUCCCGUAUGGUCCUCCUCCCGUGGAAACCAAGCCCACCACCUCUUCGGCUCCUCCUGCUGAGACCCAGCCGAGUUCUUCGGUCCCUCCUGUAGAGUCCGAGUCUUCUUCUCUUCCUCCUGUGGACACAACUCACUACGGCCCUCCUCCUUCCGAGACUCAGCCUACUUCUUCUGCUCCCGAGACUGUCCCCAGCAAGGAGACUACUCCUUAUGCUCCCCCUCCCGCUGGAUCUACUGAGGUUUCUAGCUCGGUUCCCUCUGUUGAGACUGAGUCCACUUCGGUUCCUCCCGUUGAGACUAAGCCUACAACCACUGGCAAGCAGAGCACAACUCCCUAUGCUCCUCCUCCUGCUGGAUCUACUGAGGUUUCCAGCUCUAUCCCCUCUGUCGAGACCGAGUCUACUUCAGUUCCUCCUGUCGAGACCAAGCCCACCACCACUGGCAAGCAGAGCACCCACUAUGGACCUCCUCCUUCUGAGACCCUGCCUGCUACUUCUGAGGGUACCACUGAGUUGACCACUUCCACUCCCAAGCCCCAGACCACUGGCUGGACUACCUCAACUGUCUACACCACCGAGGUUCACACCGUCACCUCGUGCGCUCCUGAGGUUCCUGACUGCCCCGGAACUCCCCACGUGACCACCAAGACCAUUGCUGUCUCGACGACUAUCUGCCCCGUCACUGAGACUCAGCCUGUUCCUACCGGCAAGGGCUCGACCGACUACCCUCCUCCCCCUGUGAAGACCACCACCAAGCCUGGCGUCUCUACUGAGGAGAUCCCCAGCUCGUCUGAGGAGGUUCCUAGCUCUUCCGAGGGUGUUCCCACCACUUCUGAGGGUGUCCCUACCACCACUGGAAAGUACCCUCCUCCCCCCAAGUCGUCGACCAAGCCCGGUGUCUCUACUGAGGAGGUUCCCACCACUUCUGAGGAAGUUCCCACUUCGUCCGAGGGCGUUCCUACUACCUCUGGCAAGUACCCCCCUCCUCCCAAGUCUUCCACCAAGCCUGGUCACUCCACCGAGGAGGUUCCUACUUCCUCUGAAGAGGUUCCCACUUCCUCCGAGGCUGUUCCCACCACCUCUGGCAAGUAUCCUCCUCCUCCCAAGUCGUCGACUAAGCCCGGUCACUCUACUGAGGAGGUUCCCACUUCUUCUGAAGAGGUCCCCAGCUCGUCUGAGGAGGUCCCCUCUACCACCGGCAAGACUUCGUCCACUGGCAAGUAUCCUCCUCCUCCCAAGACCACUGGCUGGACCACUUCCACUGUCUACACCACCAACGUGUACACUGUGACUUCGUGCCCACCUGAGGUUCCUGACUGCCCCAACACUCCUCACGUCACGACUGAGACUAUCGCUGUUUCCACCACUGUCUGCCCCGUGACCUCUGAGUCUGUCACCGAGACCACUGGCAUUGAGACUGUCCCCACCACUACUGGCACUGAGGUUGUUCCCACCACCACUGACACCGAGAUCGUCCCCACCACCACUGACACCGAGAUCGUCCCCACCACCAAGGCAACCACCAAGGUCACCACUGAGGUCACGACCAAGGGACACUCGACCACUGAGUGGACUACCUCGACUGUCUACACCACCAACGUGUACACUAUCACUUCUUGCCCUCCUGAGGUUCCUGACUGCCCUGGCACUCCCCAUGUCACAACCGAGACUAUCGCCGUGUCCACCACUGUCUGCCCUGUGACUUCGACCACCGAGGUGCCUCCUCACUCUACCAAGACGGUUCCUACCAAGCAGGGUACCACCGAGUCUGUUCCCACUACUCUCAUCACCUCGACUCCCGGUGUUCCUACUACGCCUGUUCCCACUGGCCACAACGACACCACGGCUUAUCCUCCUCCCGUGCCCAGCUCGUCCAAGGGAACUACUGAGGUCCCUCCUCCCAAGCCCACGACCAAGACUGGCACUACUGAGGUUCCUCCCAAGCCUUCGACCACUGAGUGGACUACCUCGACCGUGUACACGACCACUGUCAAGACCAUCACCUACUGUGGACCCGACGUUCCUUACUGCUCUCAGCCUCCUCACAUCACCACUGAGACCAUCGCCAUUUCCACCACUGUCUGCCCUGUGACUUCGACCGAAGAGGUGCCUCCUCCCAAGUCUACCAAGCCAACUGUCCACACCGAGGUGCCUCCUCCUAAGACCACCGGUACUACUGAGGUUCCCCCUCCCAAGGGCACCACCGAGGUCCCUCCCCCCAAGCCAGUUACCACUACCGGCUGGUCCACCUCUACCGUGUACACGACCACUGUCAAGACCAUCACCUACUGUGGACCUGAUGUCCCUUAUUGCUCUCAGCCUCCUCACAUCACCACUGAGACCAUCGCUGUUUCCACCACUGUCUGCCCCGUCACUUCGACUUACGUCCCUCCUAAGCCUACUGGACACACCGAGGUCACUCCUCCCAAGCCUACCGGCCACACUGAAGUUACUCCCCCCAAGCCCACUGCCCCUGUCAGUGUCGAGACCACCACUCACUUGACCACCUCGACUGUGUACACCACCAAGGUCCGAACCGUCACCUGGUGCGGCCCUGAGGUCCCUGACUGUCCCAACACUCCUCACGUCACGACCGAGACCAUCGCUCUCUCGACCACCAUCUGCCCCGUGACUAUCACCCGCGAGGUUACUCCUCCUCCUUACCAGACCACCAAGGUUGUUGUUCCUCCCCAGCCUCACACCACCAAGGUCGUCUACCCUCCCAACCCUCCUCUGCCUGGCAACUACACCCAGACUCUGUACACUACUAAGCACUACACCAUCACCAAGUGCCCUCCUGAGGUUCCUAACUGCCCCAUCGGCUCGGUCACCACCACUGUCUAUGCCACUGCUACCACCUGCAUCCAGAGCUGGCGACCCACCACCAAGGUCACUCAGCCCACCACUGUCAUUCCUCCUCCCCACGGCGGCAACCUGACCUCGACUCUGUACACUACCAAGCACUACACCAUCAGCAAGUGCCACUCUGAGGCUCAGGACUGCACUGUUGGCAAGACCACCACUAUCGUUUACGCUACCGGCACCACCAAGAUCCAGCCUUCGGUUGAGACUCACUACACUGUCCCUGUCCCUGAGACUGAGACUGUGGUUCCCACCAAGCCUGUUGAGACUAAGCCUGUUGAGACUAAGCCUGUCGAGACUGAGACUGCGAUCCCUACCAAGCCCGUCGAGACCAAGCCCGUUGAGACUGAGACCGAGGUUCCCACCAAGCCUGUGGAAACCAAGCCUGUCGAGACCCAGCCUGGUGUUUCCUACUCUGCUCCCCAGCCCGUCGAGACUCAGCCCACCUACGAGCAGCCUUCCUCCCCGGCCCAGCCCGAGGAGUCUCAGCCUGUGAAGCCCGCCGAGUCCCAGCCCGCUCAGACCUACUCCACCCCCGACCAGCCCGAGGGCUCCUACCCUGCUCCUCUCGCCGCCACCACCGAAGAAUCCGAUGACGGUGUCGAGGAGAAGACAGUCCCCGCCACCGGUGCCGCUGGCCGCCUGAUGGGCAACGUCGAGGUUGUCCUGGCCGCCGCCGGAGUUGUCGCCCUUCUCCUUUAA